CUCUGAGUGCUAGAAAGAAAGAUAGAGAGACUGUGUCUGUCCAUCAGAAAGUGAUUGUAAUUCUAAGCAUUUUACAGCUUCUCUCACAGAGAGAUUUCUUGGAAGGAAUUCGUGCUGCUUAUGAAAGAACAAAAAAUGGGCGGACACCGGUGGAGACUCAUCCUGCAUUUCCUCCAGAUGACCCUCCUGCUCUUCUUCCUCUGCCCACCCACAGAGCCUGCUCCCUGGGACAGCGACUCCAGCAGCGGCCCUGGAGAGGGCUGUGAGGGUUUCCAGGUGGAUGUGUGUGGUGUGUGUGCUGGAGACGGGAGCUCGUGUGAACUGUUCAAUGGGACAAUCUUUCUCUCUGUGCUCUCGGUUAGAUACCACAAGAUCCUGAAUAUCCCCUCUGGAGCUCUGCGAAUAAAAAUACAGGAAACACACAAGACCAGGAACUAUUUGGCUCUCAGCAUGGCAACUGGUGAAUCGGUGAUAAAUGGUGACUGGGUGAUCGACAGGCCAGGACAGUUUUACGCCGCAGGCACUCAGUUCACAUACAAGCGGCCCAAUGAGAUACGCAGCAGAGCAGGAGAAUCCAUCACUGCACCUGGACCCACCAAUCAGGAGCUGAAUCUCUUUGUGAUUUACCAACAGCCUGAUGCAGCAGUGUAUUAUGAAUAUAUUCUACCCAAACACACCAACACUCAUUCAGAUGCAUAUUCUUACUCUAGCGUACUUCCUCUAGUCGAGAGUCAUGGAAUAUUUCCUGAUUCUGAAAACAGUGUUGGUGAAAACUCAUUGAGCAGCUUUCACCCUAACCAAGUCCCAUCAGACUCAGUAACCCUUGAACCAGUGCCUCUGUACAGCUGGAUGGCAAUGGCCACAACACCCUGCAGUACCACCUGUGGAACAGGCAAUCGUCAGGUUCUGUUUGGCUGUGUGGAAAGGGCCACUCAAACCACUGUACUAGAGGAUCUGUGCAGCUCCAUCACUCAUCCUGGACCUCAGGUUGAAGAGUGUCAGUCACAGCCUUGUCCUGCUUUUUGGGAUGUUGGUGAAUGGUCUGAGUGCAGUAAGACUUGUGGUCCAGGUUUCCAGUAUCGUCAGGUGAUUUGCCGGCAGACACAGGGACAGCAUGGCAGUAGUACAGUGGUGGUGGCGAACAGCAUGUGUGAUGACACAGAGAUGCCAGAUACCACCAGCGUCUGCCAGCUCAAGAUCUGCAGUGAGUGGCAGAUCCGCUCCGAGUGGACUGAGUGCUCUGUGCCGUGUGGUGUCGGUCAGCGCAGUAGAGAAGUGGUGUGUGUGGAUAACCUGGGUGAUAUUGUUUCUGACGAGGAAUGCAACAUGGCCCUUCGCCCGCAGGAUCUGCAGAACUGUGACAAAGGAGUGUGUGCCAGCAGCUGGUUCUACUCUCUCUGGAGUGAAAGGUGUUCUGCAGACUGUGCUGAAGGCAGUCGCAGCCGGUCGGUGGUGUGUUUGAUGAGCCAAAGUAACUCUCUGCCGCUGGACGACUGUGAUGAUGAAGACAAACCUGAUGAGCUCAUGCAGUGUGACCUGGGACCCUGCGCACAGAGACUGGAGUGGUACACAGGGCCUUGGGGACAGUGCUCAUCUGAAUGUGGCAAUGGUACCCAGAGUCGUGGUGUGGUCUGUGUUGUCCAAAACAGUGGUCAUUUAGAAGUGACCUCAGAUGACCUCUGCUCUCAUCUGCCUCGUCCUCCAACUGCACAGAGCUGCUAUUUGAAGAGCUGUGCGGCGCAGUGGUUCAUGACUGAGUGGAGCUCGUGUUCCCGCUCUUGUGAAGGAGGCUUUCGAGUGAGGGAGGUACGGUGUUUACGAGAUGACCUGACAUCCAGUCAUGACUGUGAUCCUGCCCUUGAACCUGCAAAACAGGAGAAGUGUAACACACACAUCUGCACACUACAGAUCGACGAGUCCUGCAGAGACAUGUACUAUAACUGUGUGGUGGUGGUCCAGGCCCGUUUGUGUGUUUACUCAUACUAUCGCACCACAUGCUGCGCGUCCUGUUCUCGGGUCAUUCAGAGAGACUCGCUGCAUACAAUCAGGUGAUCUGCCUGCUUUUCAGGACGUGGCAUCAUUUUCAGCUGGAUCUGACCCUGAGAGGACAUCACUGCUCAUCUCCUCUCUGCCGUAUUCUUCAAGACAAGUAUACAUUCAAGACGUAUACAUUCACUGCCCCUCUUUUUACAGCUGCAAAUUAAGAAUGCUCCAUGAGCAACUGAAUAUUUAUUGCAAAUAAAACCAACUGAGCCUAUCA